AUGUCCAAUAUUGUUGGUAUCGAGUACAAUCGAGUGACGAAUACGACUUCCAACGAUUUUCCAGGAUUCUCUAAGGAUGGUAAAGGAGCAUGGGAUGUCGAAGAUUUCAGGAAAACUUUUGACGUACAAAUAAAUUCUAUGAGCGAGAGAGAAACCAAUUUUGAUUUGGUCCAUAUUGAUACUUCGAUUGCAAAUGCAUUUCGCAGAAUCAUGAUAUCCGAGGUCCCAUCAGUUGCGGCAGAGUACAUCUACAUUCUGAAUAAUACGUCUGUCAUUCAGGAUGAAGUUUUGUCCCACAGAAUUGGAUUGGUUCCUUUGAAAAUCGACCCAGAUAUGCUAAGUUGGGUUGAUUCCACACUGCCAGAGGAUGAAAAAUUCACCGAUGAAAAUACUAUAGUUUUAACUUUGAAUGUCAAAUGUACAAGAAACCCGGAUGCGCCAAAGGAUUGCACAGAUCCGAAAAUACUUUACAGAAAUUCCAGUAUUUACGCUCGUGAUUUGAAGUUUGAACCACAGGGUAGACAGAUUGAAGCUUUCGCAAAAUGUCCUGUGAUUCCUACGGAUCCAGAUAUUUUACUGGCUAAAUUGAGGCCAGGCCAGGAGAUCUCUCUAAGGGCCCAUUGUAUACUUGGAAUUGGUGGUGACCAUUCCAAGUUCUCUCCCGUAGCCACGGCAUCGUACAGACUAUUACCUCAUAUCAACAUUUUGAAACCGAUAAGGGGUGAAUCUGCUAGAAGAUUCCAAAAAUGUUUCCCAAAAGGUGUCAUUGGCAUUGAUGAAAAAAGUGAAGAAGCUCAUGUCAAGGAUGCAAGAAAGGAUACUGUAUCAAGAGAAGUUUUGAGAUACGACGACUUUUCGGAUAAAGUUAAACUGGGUAGAGUUAGAGAUCAUUUCAUUUUCAAUGUUGAAAGUACAGGAGCCAUGAGUCCUGAAGAGAUCUUUUUCAAGUCAGUAAGAAUUUUGAAGAACAAGGCGGAUUAUUUGAGAAAUUGCCCAAUCACUCAAUAG